AUUCUAUGAAAUUAAAUUCCUUUCUACAAACAUUCAUUAUUCUUGAUUCCAAAUUCUAAUGAAUCAGAAUCGUAUAUUGAUUGUUGUUUUUUUUCCAAUGGCCCAUGAAUAUAAAUGAAUGAAGGCCACUUUUCAUUCAAAAUUCUAUUCUGUAAUCGAUAUAUAAAAUAAUGUAUAUGGAUAUGGAUGUGUGAUGUUCAUUUUUAUGGUUUACUGAAUUUUCGGGUCAUACCACAGCCACUACGAUUUUGUUUUGUUUUGUUUUUAUUCUUGAAUUGUAAUAAGAAAAAAUGUUGCAAAAUAUAAGAAUAAAAAAACAAAUAUAAGAUUUUAAUCAAGAAUCUGAAUAAAAGGUAACACUAUAUAACCAAGAAUGAUGGCGGUGUUAAAGACAGCGAUGAAAGAAAUCAACAUGAAAUUCUUUUAAGAAUUGUGUGUUUGUGUGUGUGUUUUUUUUUAUUCUGGUUGGUUGAUUUAAUUUGGCGCAAUCGCAUUUUGAAAAUUCUAUUCUGGUGGUUGAUUCUUAUUUUUAUUAUUAUAAUACAAAAAAAAAUCCUCUCGGUACAAAAUUUUCACUGAUAUAUCACAAACGAUUUGUUUUUGUCGGUUUUUUUUUGGUGAAUUGAAAAUGAAAAUUUUUCAUUUUCAAUUCAUGUUGUCUUAUCAUACACACACACACAGACACCACUAUUAUAUUGGACUUUUGGGGAUUCUCAUCAUCAUCAUCAUCAUCAUGAUGGUGUGUGUGUGUGUGUGUGUAUGCCAUAAAUUACCAACCAUUUGAAAUGAAUGAAUAAAAUGGAACAUUAUCAAAGUGAUACAAAUACAACGACGAAUAAAGAAGAAGAAGAACAACAACAGCAGCAACAGCAGCAGCAACAACAAAUUGAUAAUAAAACACAAAAAUAUCAACGAAAACAUCUUGAUUCAACUGAUUCGGCCAUUGAUGAUCCAUCCAUUGCAUCUACAUCGACAUCUGGAUCGACGACAGCAACAGCAAAUAGCUCUGGAAAUAGUAAUAAUAAUUCUACGGUGGCGACAAAAACAAAAUCCAAACCAAUCGGUAUAAUACCAAAAAUAUCUGUGGUACCAUUUUUAAGUAAACGAUCUAAUAGUGAUCAUCAUUCAGAUGAUGAAGAUGGAUCACUAGAUGAUUCUUCACAACGGCCUGAUGCAACAACAUCGAUUGAUACAUCUUCAUCGACAUCAUCAUCUUGGAAAUCCGGUUCUUCAUCCAGUGCAAAGGAAUCGGCAACAACUGCAACUGCUACAACGACAAAAUCUAAAGCACAAGAAUUUAUUGGCAAAAUGAUGACAAAAGUAACAUCAUCUAGUGCACCAAAAUCUGGCUUCAAAGACAAUAAUAAUCAUCAUCGUCAAAUGCUCAAUAAUAAUAAUAAUAAUAAUACGAAUCAAAUUCGUUGUACAUCACCACCAUCAACUACUAUUAGCUCAAAUAAUCAUGAUGGUGAUCAUUAUAAUGUUUAUCAUACUGUACAUGGCCAUCCACAUGAUAAUUCUGGAUCAUCUGAAAAUUCAUCAAAUGUUGGCAUUCGUUUACCAGCCAAUUAUUAUGAUGGAUUAUUUCAACAACCACAACCACAAUCACAAUCAACAACAACGGCAACAAAUUGUCGAACUCGAUCACAUUCAAAUGGCUUUACACAACAGAUUCGACAUUCAGCAUUAAUAUCCGCCGGUAUGGGUGUAGGUGGUGGACAAACCAUCACUACAUCGACCACGAACAAAUGUAGUAAUAAUCAUUGUGGACCGAUUCGACGUCAAUCACAUGAUGCAACAUUGUCAUUGAAUCAUCAUCAUCAUCAUCAUCAUGCUAAUGCUCAUAAUUCAUCGAUUAAUGAUGAUGAAAAUUCUUUUUCUUCCACAUCAUCGUCAACAACAACAACAACAAAUACAGCAACAAUGGUAGCUGGGAUUUUUUCCUCAUCGAAAUCACAUCGUUCAUCACCAAACAACAACAGCAGCAACCAAAAUAAUAAUAAUAAUUCAUUUUUCGAUUCGUUUAGGCCACGUUCGAAUACGGAAGGUAGUCGAAAUAGCCGUGACAAUCAAAGUACAAAUAAUACAAAUUCAAACGUCAAGAAAACGUCAGUGAUUGCCGUAUUCAAGAACAAUUUCCUCAAUCGACAUUCACCAUCACCAUCAACAACUGCAGCAGCAACAACGUCAACAACAACAACAAUAACAAGUUCCGGUACAAAUGUUAAUGCCAAUUUUGAUAAUACAUCGAUAAUAGCAUCAACGCCAAUAGAUUUAUCAACAAAUGUUCCUCAAUGUCAAUUGCCACAGCAAACAAUUGUGGUCAAUAGUCAACCAACAAGAAAUAAUUGUCAAACAACAUCAAGAAUAAUUGAUCAUCAACCAUUAACAUCAUUAUCGGCAUCAUCAUCUGUACGGCGACGAUCAUCAGCAUAUAGUCGUGAUUCAGGCAUCAUAUCGGCACCAAUAUCACCAAAUUCUGUUAUUGAUCCAUUUUCUGUUGAUUAUACAUUAUAUAAUGCUUGUGUUCGUGCAUCUGGUGAACAAUCAUUGAUUAAUAAUAAUCAUUGCCAUUGCCAUCAUUCAGAUGUUAAUAAUAAUAAUAAUAGUGUAAAACAUUCAUCAUUAUCAUCACCAUCGGCAGCUACAACAACAAUAACAUCAGCAACAAUAUCAUCAGGUUCUUUAUUAAUUAAUAGGCCACGUUCACGUUCAAGUUCAGCAUCAACAAUGGCACGUGUUUUUGAUAUGUUUCGUGGACGUUCCAAUUCAAUUGCAACUGAACAGCCACAAAUUAAUUGUCAUAGUAAUAAUAAUAAUAUUAGUUAUCGUAAUCGACGAAAUAAUAAAUCGAACUUUAAUCAUCAAGAAUCUCUCUGUGAUCGUUUUGAAUUUGAAGAUAUUGAUGAAAAUCUGGUCUAUGUUCGUUUUUUUAAAUUUUAUCGUUGCUAUGACAUUAUACCGGUCAGUGCCAAAUUGGUUGUAUUCGAUACACAGCUUGCUGUGAAAAAAGCCUUUUUUGCAUUGCUUAGCAAUGGAAUUCGUGCUGCACCAUUAUGGGAUGCAAGUAAACAUUGUUUCAUUGGAAUGUUAACAAUAACGGAUUUUAUACACAUUCUACUAACAUAUUAUCAUUCACCACAAUUGAAAAUGGAAGAAUUACAGGAACAUACAUUGGAUAAUUGGCGAACAGGUUUGCUCAAAGAAAAAGCUCGACCAUUGGUCUUUGUUGAACCUGAUGAAAGUCUUUUCAAUGCCAUACGAACAUUGUUAAGUAAUAAAGUUCAUCGUCUUCCAGUCAUUGAUCCUGAUACAGGAAAUGUUCUUUACAUUUUAACACAUAAAAGGAUUCUGAAAUUUUUAUUUCUUUUCUAUUAUAAUCGAUUGCCAAUGCCAUCGUAUUUACAGAAAACGUUACGUGAACUACCUCGAAUCGGUACAUUUGAAAAUAUUGUAACGGCAACAUUACAAACAUCAUUGACUGAAGCAUUGAAUCUAUUGAUUGAAGCACGUAUUUCCGCCUUACCGAUUGUUGAUAAAAAGAAUAAAGUUAUCGAUGUUUAUGCUAAAUUUGAUGUUAUCCAUUUGGCUGCGGAUAAAAUGUAUCAAGAUUUAGAUAUUACUAUAAAGAAAGCAUUGGAAUUUCGUCAUCAAUCGGAAAGGGUUGUGAAAUGUACAAUGAAUGAAACAUUGCAUACGAUUUUAGAACGUAUAGUACAGGCUGAGGUUCAUCGUAUUAUUGUUGUGGAUUCAGAUGAUCAUGUUAUUGGUAUUAUAUCAUUAUCGGAUUUGCUUAAUUUUCUUGUAUUACGACCGGUGAAUAAUAAUAACAAGCAGCAAACAACCAGUGCUACAAAUAUACAGCCAUCUAUAAUUGCUCAAUCAGAAAUGACAACAACAAUUGCUAAAUCACCAUUAGUUGAAGAAAGUGGUGAAGAAUGUGGUACAUCAUCUGUUUGUAGCCAUUAUGAUAUUGAUGAUAAUGAUGAUGAUGAUGAAUGUGAACAAUGUCAACAAAAUGUUGAUUCAAAACAAUCAUCAAAUAAUGUCAAUUGUCAAUUGACAGUUUCAUCUGUUGGUUCGGUUAUUGGAUCAUCAUCAUCUGAUCGAUCAUCAAAUGAAUGUUCAUCAUCAUCAUCUUCAUCGUCGUCUUCUUCAUCAUCUUCCUCAUCAUCGAUAUGUCCGAAUGAUGAUAAUAAUAAUAACAAAAGUAAUGGUAAAGUGGAUCCUACAUCAAAAAUCUAUCCACCAAUAUCAUCAAAAACGGUGGCCACAACACCAACACGUAAUGCUAAUGCUACAUUGACGGCUUGAAAUGAUUUAUAAUUUUAAUUGAGUCACAAACCAUUCAAUCUAUCAAGACGACGGACUUUUUUAAAAAAAAAAAGAAAAAUCUUUGAUUUUUACCUCAAAAAUUUUUUUUUUGUAAAUACUGUUUUCAAACAUAUUUGUUAACCUUGGUGUGUGGUGAUGAUGAAGUUUUUGCGAAAAAAAAACAAUUCAUCUUACCACUCAACAUUCUUGGAUCUUCACACACACACACACACAAUAAAACAGACACACAUUCAAUUUAAAUGUGAUAUUACAAACACAUUAUAUAAAUAU